AGCUUGCCCCAGGCCAUGUCAGUUUGGGGACAGGUAGGAGAAUGCUUUCACUGCACGGCCCAGCACCACGUGUGACACAGGAUGUCUCAGAGGGAGAGCGCAGUUUUCGCCUAUGAGUCCUCGGUGCACAGCGCCAACGUCCUGCUCAGCCUCAACGACCAGCGGAGGAAGGAUGUGUUGUGUGACGUCACCGUCCUCGUGGAGGGACAGCCGUUCCGUGCCCACCGGGCCGUGCUGGCGGCCUGUAGCUCCUACUUCCACGCGCGAGUCGUGGGCCAGGCCGACGCAGAGCUCAGCAUUUCUCUCCCAGGAGAGGUGACAGUUAAAGGAUUUGAGCCUCUCAUUCAGUUUGCCUACACCGCUAAGCUGUCCUUAAGCCAGGACAAUGUGGAUGAUGUGUGCAGGUCUGUGGAGUUUCUCGGUGUCCAUGAUAUUGAGGAGUCCUGCUUUCAGUUUCUCAAGUUCAAGUCUUUGGACUCCACCACAGACCGGCGAGAAUGUCCAAGGAAGGUGUGCUUCCCACCACACUGUCUGAAGACAGGCCUCCAGGUCCCACUUCUGGACAACAGGGAUUUGGAAACGAAUGAGGUAGAGGAAUUUUUGGAAAAUAAAAAUGUUCAGGUUCCUCAGUGUAAACCCUGUGGACAUCCAGGAAAUACAAGGCCAUCACCGUCUCUGCAGGACAGUGCCAGCCAGACGUGCGGGUCCCUGUGCUUGGAGAAGGGCCCUGCGCUGGCUUUGCCAUCACUGUGUCCCAAAUACAGAAAAUUCCAGAAAGCGUUUGGCACUGACAGAGUCCGGGCAGUGGAGUCUGGGUUCCAAGACGCUCAUACUUCUGUUCAGCCAAGUGAGGCAUCUGAAAAUGAGUGUCUGGGAGGAACACAGGGCUGUGCAGGGCAGGCGAUUUUAAAAUGUGAAGAGAGUGGAGUCGUGCUGGAACAGGAAGACAUCAAGGAAGAACCUGCCUCUCAGUGCCCCUCGGAGGAGACAGAAGGGGCACCUCUCCUCCCCGGGUCCUCCACAGACCCCCCGGGGCUCUACUCGCUGUCCCUCCUGCAUACCUAUGAUCAGUAUGGGGACCUCAAUUUUGCUGGUAUGCAAAAUACCACAGUGUUAACAGAAAAGCCUCUGUCGGGCCCACAUGUGGGAGAAGAGAAAACGUUUGCUGAAAGUCAUGAUCUGCAUCUGAAGUCUGACUCCGGCCCCAGGGAGGAGAGUGGCCUCACUCCUAGUGACCGGAGCAGCGUGGAGCGGGAGGUGGCCGAGCACCUGGCCAAGGGCUUCUGGAGCGACAUUUGCAACACGGAUGCCCCUUGCCAAGCACAGCUGUCCCCUGCCGUGGCCAAGGAUGGGUCAGAACAGGUCCACACACAGAAGCGGUCUGAGUGCCCCUGGCUCGGGAUCAGGAUUAGCGAGAGCCCAGAACCAGGCCCAAGGACCUUUGCAACGUUGAGUUCUGUCAACUGCCCUUUUAUAAGUACUCUGAGUGCCGAAGGCCAUGCAAGCAGUUUGGAAAUUGGAGCCGACGAUUAUGUCUUGGAGCCUCGGCAGGAACCGUGUCCGUAUGCUUGUGUGAUUAGCCUGGGGGACGACUCUGAGACGGACACCGAGGGGGACAGCGAGCCCUGUUCAGCCCGAGAACAGGAGUGUGAGGUAAAACUGCCAUUUAAUGCACAGCGAAUAAUUUCCCUCUCUCGAAAUGAUUUCCAAUCCUUGUUGAAAAUGCACAAGCUGACUCCAGAGCAGCUGGACUGCAUCCAUGACAUUCGAAGGAGAAGCAAGAACAGGAUUGCCGCCCAGCGCUGUCGUAAGAGGAAACUGGACUGUAUACAGAACCUCGAGUCGGAGAUCGAGAAGCUGAGCGAGAAGGAGAGCUUGCUGAAGGAGAGAGACCACAUCCUGUCCACGCUGGGCGAGACGAAGCAGAACCUCACUGGGCUCUGCCAGCAGGUCUGCAGAGAGGCAGCUCUGAGCCAGGAACAGAUACAGAUACUCGCCAAGUACUCGGCCUCGGACUGCCCACUCUCCUUCUUAAUUUCUGAGAAAGAAAAAAGUACUUCUGAUGGUGCUCUUGUGUUUCCUCCACUUUUGAGUUUAGUGGAGGGACCUCCAGCUGCACCGCCUGCUGGGGAACAAAGUCCCUGCUACCCUGUUGGGAAGGGCAGUGCGCAGGGCCCGGAGUCACAGCCGGGCUCCAGGGUGGCCUUGGAUCACGCGGGGCGCGUGGAGCAGUGCAGGCAGAGUGCGGGCAUCUCAGACUUCUGCCAGCAGAUGACAGAUAAAUGUACUACUGACGAGUGACCCUCGCUCCCUCCCUUCGAACCACCCAGGCUUCUGUUGAAGUUCUGAUGUGUCCUGAGAGCCUCAUCCAGCCACCUGUCUCCUCACAGUACUGUUUCCCUCGUAGUUGCUGUAGGGGAUUCCUCUGAGGCCAGCCCUGACUUCUUGACUCCACAAGUGAUGCAGAAAUGAAUUCCCUCCUGGAUACUUAGAGAUCACAUGUAAACACAUAGUCAGGCUUUGGAACUCCUGUUUCAAAGAGUAGUAACAACGCUCCCUUUACACAGAAUACGUGAGAGCAAUGACUACCUGGAGACGUCUGCAGGUGGUUUCCAUGGAGGAAGGAGCCAGAGAAGGUUCAGUGGUCUGACCUGCAAUGCACAGGUAUAAAGAAGGCAGGCCCUGGAUGCUAAUGUGCUCAUCAGCAGGGUCAGCUGCCUGGGAUGUUUGUGAGCUUCUGAGUCUGGAGCUUGGCUUCUCAGCUCCUGCUAAGCCAGGAGUGGGUUGCCUGCAUGGUGACCCCUGAGCUCCAUUGGGACUUUGGGAAACAGGGCAGGGGGGUGGCCUGAGGCAGAGGCUCUGCUCCUUGGACUUUCUGGAGCAUAAACAGUGGGUGAGAGUCCUGUCCCCUUGUUCCUUUCAGUCUCCACCACCUCUGGGUCCACCAGAUCUUUCUUUUUCCUGACAUUCUUUCCCUUUGGAGGGAGAAAUAGGAUUCAGGGUUCAGGGGCUUGAGUGAGCGCAGGCAGUGUUACUUAGGCUCCCUAGACUGUGAGGGCCUGCCUGCCAGACGUCAGGGGAGAGGGAUGCCCACAUGAUUAGGAGAGGCAGAUCCUGUGGUUUACUUGUAAACAGCAUUGUUGUGGAUAAAAUGCCUCUAGAACAACUGUGUAGGUUUGUGAAACAGGAUGAUACUUGAUCUUGUUUCAUUGUGUGUUUGAAUUUGGAAACCAGAUCAAAUCUUGCUGUCUUCCAAGUCUGGCGUAUCAGGCACACAGGGCAUUUUACAGUCAUCUUUGUGUUCAUUCAGUGCUGUUUAAAGGACAGCUUUCAUCAUCUGUGUGCUCCCCCAUAACAGGUUAGGCAGCCUGCUGUUACAGACUUGUUUGAAAAUAAAAACUAGACUUGACCUCCUACAAUUAAGAGAAGAAAAGCAUAUAUUCUCAUUCACAGAAACAUUUGCAGAGCCCAGUUUUAAAGGGUACAAAGGAGUAAUUUAGGGUGUUUGGUUUAGAAAGUGCUUCACCUGGGAGCUUCCUAGGUGAGUCCUGAAGCUUGCGAAGGCCUGUGUGGCCUGUGUGGGAGAUGCUGCAGUCCUGUGGGAGCGAGUCUGAACACGGAGGCCUUUGCUGUGAGGCUGCGGGGACCACUGCAUGUUUCAGAAGCAUUUGUCAGAUGGACCCUUCUGAUGGGGUGGUGGUUGGGCAGGUGUUCCCAGUGUAUGUCCAGUGGCUCCUAUGUUGUCUCUGUUUCUGACUUAGUGGUUAUAAGAGAAAACUAGCUGGGCUUGUUUAUAUUCUAGAGGCUUUUAUAAAUACUCAUGAAUGUGUCAGGAAGAAUGAUACUCUGUGGUAAUGCAUCCCGUCCUGUAAAAUAAGUGUGCGUGUGUACACAAAAACAUCCCCACGUAGCUGUCUCUUUGAUACUUGUGAUUUUAAGUUUUAACUUCAAAAUAUAAAAUAAUAUAAAAACUUUUCUGGUUUACAAAAUGUAAAAUCUUGUACAAGCCAAUGGAAUCCUUGAUUUCCUACCUCAGUGGACACUCAGCUGUCUGUCAUACCAGUGUGUGCCUGCGUGUGUGAGCAGGUGUGUGCAUGCACAUGUGCCUGUGUGUGCGUGUGCGCAGGUGUGUGCAGGUGUCACAUGACCUUUGCUUAAUUGCCCCUAUAAGUAACGGCUUUGAAAGCUUCCUUCCUAUUUUAUGAUAAAACCUAAUUGUCGCCAGAGUUUAAACAUGCUUUUUAAGGCACUAGGUUUAAAUUUAUCUCUGCCUAUAAACAUUUUAGCAUUAAGGAUUUAUUUUAAUGACAUUCUGAUUAUUGGCCAAGUGUAACAUUUUGUAAAACAUAGCAUUGUUUUAAUAGCCAGCAUGUAGUACAAGAAACUACACUACCUCAUACCUCCAUGAUUUUCAAGUUGUAACAGAGGGACAGGAAGAUAAGAAACAUUUUAUCUUUGUCUUUGGGCUGUAAGGUGGGAAAUUUUUCUAUAUAUUGCACAGGGUUACACACAUGCCUAUUUUAAAGUUAACUUCUAAAGAAGUGUUUUUCUAAACGUGUGUUUCAGUUGAUGUUCUGAGGGCGUGAAAACAAGUGUAUCGUGUGUGCAUAGUGCACAUGCUUCCUUCCUGAGCAGUCCAUGGGGGUGUUUCAGGAUGUCUGCUGUGUGUUCACACAGUCACGGUCCCCUGGUUUGUGAGCCGGCUUCCCAGUGCUCGAUGACUUUUACAAAGCUGCUGUAUCUAACUCAGCAAAAUAACAUUACCUUAAAUUUAUUAUUAUUUCACUUCACCUGUAGCACAUGAUUUGUUGUUUGGUGGUUAUGCUCAAAGCAAACAUGGAUAUAAUCCUUGCUGUCCCUUUGUAACUUACAACACAUUCUCUGUAGCUUAAUGCUUAGCCCGUGUUGAGUUAGGAAUUUCAUAUGUUUGAUGUGGUAGAUGAUACAGGGCGCCUGUGCACAUGGCCCCAUCAACAACUUGGAAAAAUUCAGACAUGGCAACAUGAUGAUGAAUUCUCAGGUGAACUUUUUCAGUUAUAAAACAUCUAUUUUGAAUUUGUAAAUAUUUGUAAGUGUUUUAUUAAGGCUUGUAAUAAACUGUUCUCUGAAACCUGUUGGGUAAAUGAAAAUGGAAAGCCACAGUGGUGUACUAAUUGUAAAUAAACAUCUAUUGAUUUUUUUGUAUCUUUCUUAAUAUAAUUUUCUAACAAUGCAAUAAAACCACUAAAUUUAUAUACCCAUAUCCUAUUAAGGCCAUGUUUCAUUAAAGGUAAACUUCCAUAGUGUUUAAUUUAUAUUUUCUCCUGUAUGUGCUUACCCAAAUGUAGCAAAAUGAUACAUGUUAGAUGUUGGCGAUAACUGGACAAAUAAAAUUCCCUAGAAUUGCUUCUAAUUGAA